UAGGAGGAGCAUCAUCAGCAUUACAGAUUGCAGUAAACACGUCUCAUGCAAAAGGCAGAAGAGCAGAAAGGAGAAAACUUUAAAGAAGGGAAAGAGGAAACACAGUCAUUGAGAGAAAACUAUGCUGCCUGAGGAAGACAAGACAUAAACUGACCAUCAAAUACAUCAGGUGUUACACAAGCAACAUGUCUCGGCUACCAGGAAGAAAGCAGGAGUACCACAAAAUAAGCAGAGAACUUUUUGUACUCACGUAUGGGGCUUUGGUCGCCCAACUGUGCAAGGACUACGAAAAAGAUGAAGAUGUCAACAUCUGUUUAGACAGAAUGGGAUACAGCAUUGGCAUAAGGCUGAUUGAUGAUUUUUUGGCUCGUUCAGCUGUGAAAAAGUGCCGCAGUUAUUCUGAAACUGCAGACAUGAUUGCACAGGUUGCUUUCAAGAUGUACCUUGGGGUCACCGCCAGUGUGAGCUGCAGCAGUGCCGCAGGAAAUGAGUUCUCCUUAAUCCUGGACAAGAACCCACUCGUGGACUUUGUGGAGGAGCUGCCAGCAGAACGAGCAUCCCUUUGCUACUGUAACCUCCUCUGUGGGGUGAUUCGAGGUGCCUUGGAGAUGGUUCACUUAGCAGCAGAAGUUACCUUCCUCCAGGACAGGCUGAAGGGCGAUGCUGUGACAGAAAUAGGAAUUACGUUUUUAAGGAAGGCUGAAGACAGAAAGCACAAAAGAAAUAAAUGAAACAAAUAUUGGGAGAAACCCUUGCUAUGGGAUAUUUUGCGCCUUUUGUUUCUGAAGAAAAGGGUAAAAGGGCUUUGCUGAGCCAGCUGCACCAGUCGUGCACCUGAAGGGUGAAGAAGGCCAGGCAGCAAACAGAAGGGGCAGAGCAAGGGGAGAGCAGUGUUAAUUGUCAUGACACAGAUACAGAAUCAUAGAAUGGUUUGUGUUGUGUUGAAGGGAACCUUUAAAGAUCAUCUAGUCCAACCCCUCUGCAAUGGGGUCUUCAACUAGAUCAGGUUGCUCAGAGCCCCAUCCAACCUGACCUUGAAUGUUUUCAGGGAUGGUGCACCUACCAGCUCUCUGGGCAACCUGUUCCAGUACCAGUAUAGAAGAUCAAAAUGGCCUGCCCUUCCUUCUGACAUAACCAUGCUCUUGAGCUCAAUGGAAGUUUUAUCUCAGUAUUUAGUGCAUGCUGGAUGCAAAAAUAAUACUUUGGGCAUCAACUGUUUUCAGCUAAACAUGGCCACCUUUUCCCAUUUUGUUUGUUGGCAAUGUUUCAAAGCAUGGUUGCUAAGAGGUGCUGUAUUUCCCUGGCUGUUUGUGGUUAGCAAUGAUGACAUUAUCCGCUGUGACUGUUGUAUGCAGUGUCUCACUGCCAGUUGGGUGCCUAUUGUGGUGUGUAAUGGUUUGGCAUUCAUUGUCCUCCACUGGACAUCCUGCUCCCUUUGAAACCAGAGAGGAAUGAAGCUUCAUUGAUGCCUGGAGCUGGUUGGGUUCGUUAGGGCUCUCUCAGGCUGCAGGUGCAGUUCUGCUGGCACGGUUGUUCAGCCUCGUGUGGACACCAGGCUGCAGCGCUCUGAUGCCUGCAACAAUGCUUGUGUUGCUUCAAGCUGUGGGCCUUUUCAUGUCAGUCUUCUCUUCCAAGAGUACUGACCUUAUGACCAAACUGAACAAAGCAUGGCUUAUUUAAUGUGUAGUCACUGUAGAUCUGUACUCACCU